UGUGUUGAAAUAAUAAAAAUAAAAUAUAUGUGAAGAGAGAUAGAGAGAGAGAGAGAGCGAUGGUGUCGGACCAGGAAAUAGCGAAAGGCGUAGAGAGUGUUCUCCGUCAAUCAACCCCAAACUCCGUCACCUCCUUUGACGCUUUCGUCCAACUCCUCGAAGCUAAAUUAGGGUUAAACCUUUCCCACAAAUCCGCUUUUAUUCGUGACCAUAUUACCCUUCUCCUCCGCUCCCACCCAACCACCACCACCGCCACCGCCGCUGCCGCUGCUUCCCAUCAACCACCACAACCGCAGCUUCACCUUUCUCAGAAAGACCAUUUUGCCCUCCACCAUCCUCCCCAUUAUCCUCAUCCUCACUUUCAGCAUUUUCCUCCCCAUUUUGCCCUUCAUCCUCUCCCCUACUCCCAGCCCCACCACGUCUUCUCUCAGGACCUUAACUUCCGCCAGCCACAAGUGCCGCUUCAGCAGCAGCAGAGACAACAGCCACCGCCUCUUGUGAAAAACGAGGUCGUUUCUCAAAAUGCGAGGCCUGUACCAUCUGAAUCGCCCAAGGAAAGUGCUCCUGUUACAGCCAAAAGAAGAGGUGGCCCAGGUGGGUUGAACAAAGUUUGUGGCGUUUCUCCUGAACUUCAAGCUGUUGUGGGUGAGCCAGCCUUGCCGAGGACUGAGAUUGUGAAGCAGUUAUGGCAAUACAUAAGGAAAAACAACCUUCAAGAUCCAAGCAACAAGAGAAAGAUAAUUUGUGACGACGCAUUGCGAAUAGUUUUUGAGACAGACUGUACUGACAUGUUCAAGAUGAAUAAGCUGCUAUCUAAACAUAUUAUCACACUUGAACCUACAAAGGAAUCUUCACAAGCUAAACGAGUUAAGUUGGAUGUCGAAUCGGCAAAUCCUAAUACUGAACCUACUCCAUCAGUAAAAGUGAUUUCCGAACCACUUGCAAAAUUUUUGGAGACUGGAGAAAGGGAGAUGACCCAGUUAGAGGCAUCUAGGCGUGUUUGGGAGUACAUCAAACUUAACAGAUUAGAGGAUCCACUAAACUCAAUGGUGAUAUUGUGUGAUUCAAAGCUCCACGAGCUUCUUGGAUGUGAAAGCAUAUCUGCAGUGGGGGUAGAAGAGAUGUUAGCACUUCAUCAUUUGUUCAAGCGGUCAUGAUGUUUGGCGAUGAUGAGUGGGUCUGUAAUUGAAUGGAAUAGGUCGCAUUGCACAUAUGAGUGUGUUGUUUUAAAAUACUCCACCAUUUAGAGCAUAGUUAUCAGGCGCGCCUCAGGCGAGAGGCGACUCAGGCGAUGGCCGAGCCGCCUCAACUGCCCAAAGGCGGGCGAUGUCACAAAGGCGCGCGCCUCAAUCGCCUCAGGCGAGAGGCCAGAGGCGCGCGCCUCUGUGACCUCUGUUACCCAGACACUUCAAGAAAAAAAAAACAGAUGAAAAAGAGAAUGAAGGAAGAAGAAGAAGAAGUGCGGCGCUGCUAUGUCUAGGGUUUGGGAAGUUGGAAUAGGCUAGGGAAAGAGAAUAGAGGUUCCUUAAUGUCUUAUUGGGCCUCCUUUAGCCAGCCCAAGACCAAUAUUAUACAUUUAAAGGCUUUAGUCUAUAAUAAAUGGGUUGUUUUUAACAUCAAUAAUGGUUAAGUUUUCAAAUGACUCUUCUUUUUAACAAAAAAGGUCAAUUUAGCCUUUUAAAUGUAAAUUAAAAAUAUUUUUAAGUCCAGAAAAUAAAAUUUAUAUUUGAACUUUUAAAAAAUAUAUAUAUAUAUAUAUAUAUUUAUAUUAGUUGGUCUCCUUAUUUCCAAAAGGCUUUCGCCUCACGCCUUGCGCCUCAGGCUUUGGGACCCUCGUCGCCUCGGGUCGCCUAACGCCUUUAAUAACUAUGAUUUAGAGCUUGUAAACUUGAUAUGAUGAAUGUUCGUGCAAUGUAUUCCUUUUUGUCUAUCUAAUUACCGCCUUUUCUGUUUGUAUACCUACUGAAUUUUUUGGUUCAUAUUGAAUUGGAAGGCACCGGGUGCUGUUCUUCA